AUGUUGUUAAUGAUUAUUAUUUUUAUAUUCAAUGAAAAUCUAAAAAUCGAAUGGUAUUUAUUAAGUCAAAUUUAUGAGAUCCUUAAAUUCCUUCUUUUUCUCUCCCACUUUUUCUAUCGUUCCCCUCUUCCGUCCACCUUCCUUCCUUUUUUCUUUUGUUGGAAAUCCUUUCUUCAAUUCUUCCUUCGUUUCUUUCCUUCCUUCGUUCGUUCCUUCCUUCCUUCAUUCCUUCCAAAUCUUAAUAAAAUUAUUCCUUUUUUUUUUCUUCGUUUAUUCCUCAAAUUCCUUCCUUCCUUUAAUCCUUCUUUCCUUCCUUCCUUCUUUGUUAUCAACACGUCUUCCUUUUUCUCCUUCCUUCCUUCAAUCCUUCCUACCUUCCUUCAAUCCUUCCUUAUAAAUUCCCCCCUUCCUUCCUUCUUUUUCCCUCCUUCCUUAAAAUCCUUCCUUCCUUUCUUCAAUCAAUUCUUUUCUUCCUUCCUUCAAUCCUUCCUUCCUAUAUUCUAUAUCCUUUUUAUCCUUUCUAUCCUUCCUUCAAUCCUUCCUUCUUUGCUUCCUUCAAUCCUUCCUUCUUUCCUUCCUUCAAUCCUUCAAUCCUUCCUUCUUUCAUAUCCUUCCUUUCUUCCUUCAAUCCUUCCUUCUUUCCUUCCUUUUCCUUCCUUCCUUUCUUCCUUCCUAUAUAUAUAUAUAUAUAUAUUUUCUUUAUAUAUAUAUAUAUCCUUUUCUUUUGUUUCUCUUUCUGUCCUUUGUUUUUUUCCUUUUCAACAUCUCUCCCCUCCAUUCUUUCUUUCUAUUUUCCUUCCCUCCUUUUCUUCAUCACUCUUCAUCCUUUUCUAUUCUAUCUAUCUAUCUAUCUAUCUAUCAUAUCUAUCUAUCUAUCUAUCUAUCUAUCUAUUCAGUAUCCAUAAAUUUGAACAUCUAUCUAUCUAUCUAUCUAUCUAUCUAUCUAUAAACUCUAUCUAUCUAUCUAUUAUCUAUCUAUCUUCUCUGUAUAUCUAUCUAUCUAUCUAUCUAUCUAUCUAUCUAUCUAUCUAUCUAUCUAUCUAUCUAUUCAGUAUCCAUACAUAUCUAUCUAUCUAUCUAUCUAUCUAUCUAUCUAUCUAUCUAUCUAUCUAUCUAUUUCAGUCUGUUAAUAUAUAUCUCUGUCUGUUAAUAUCUGUCUAUCUAGCUCAGUCUAUCAAUAUCUAUCUAUCUCUGUUAAUAUUUAUCUAUUUCUGUCUGUUAAUAUCUAUCCAUCUAUCUCUGUCUGUUAAUAUCUAUCUAUCUAUCUAUCUAUCUAUCUAUCUAUCUAUCUAUCUAUCUAUCUCAUAUCUCUUAAUUGCAAUCUAUCUAUCUAUCUAUCUAUCUAUCUAUCUAUCUAUCAAUCUUCAUAUUUGCUUUAUCUAUCCAUCUAUCUAUCUAUCUAUCUAUCUAUCUAUCUAUCUAUCUAUCUAUCUAUUCAUCUAUCAAUAUAAUUAUCUAUCUCUGUUAAUAUUUAUCUAUCUGUCUGUUAAUAUCUAUCUAUUUCUAAUAUCUAUCUAUCUAUCUAUCUAUCUAUCUAUCUAUCUAUCUAUCUAA